GUAAUCCCUCUAGCCAAACUUAGUUCAUUUAAUAUCUAUCUAACAAAGUUUGGUUGUUGCCCCAAGUAUAUAUAUGUACUCGUGAGGCUCCGACCAGUGAAUGAAUGAAGCUGAGAAAUGGAAACUGAUCAGCCUGCAGAGAGGAUUUUUGUAGCCAUUGGAACAGACUUGAAUGAUGGUUUUGCCACUCUAGAAUGGGUACUAAAGAAGUGGAAUUCUCAUCCAAUCAAAAUAGUCAUUCUCUUUUCAGAUAAUUACAUCUGCAGAGACUAUGUUUUCACCCCAAUUGGAAAGAUUCCUGCCGGCUCUGUACGUGAAGAGAAGCUGAAAGUUCUUGAGAAGUCUGAGGAAGCAAAGUCUGAUAAGAUUCUAUCCAAAUAUAUAGCUUUCUGUGGCAAGGUCAAGGCUGAAGGUCUCAGAAUCGACAGAUACGAAGAACCAAUCCAUAAAGUUGUCCUGGGAUUGAUAACAAGUCUUCGCAUAACCAAAUUAGUCAUGGCCUUUUCUUUGUUGAGGCCCUUAUCAUGGAAAUCGAGAAGUGCCAUGAAUGCAUCAUUUUAUCUCCAGUCGAAAAAGCCCAAUUUCUGUGAGUUGUUUGUGAUUUUUAAUGGGAAAUUAGUAUACCUUAAAGAAGAAACUAAUGAAGGAUUCAUAGAGGAUGAUCAAGGAGUUAUUGUUGCAAGGAUAAAAGAAAGGCCUAGUUUUAAGGGCUGGAUAGGGAAAUUUUUCCCUGAAAAUGCCAAUGGAAAAAAUCAUUGUGAAUCACCUUCUUCUUCGUCAGCUAGCAAUGGUGGUACGCCUGAUCAGUGGGAAAAGUAUGGUGAAGAGAUUGAAAAAUAUUUCAAUGAAUUGUCAUCUUCAAUUGCAAAUGAAGGAAAUAGUGAGGAGGCAAAUGACACCUCCAUCAGUAUUUCACCGGAGCUGAAUAUGGCGGAAAACAUGGCAGCAGCAGAGAAAAUUGAGAUUCUUAAGAUAAAAAUUCGUGACACUCAAGAAUCAAUUCAAUCAAAUAAAGAAGAAGCCAGGGCCAAUGCAGAAAAAUGUGCAAAAGCCAAAUGGGCCAUUGGUUUGUGUACUGCUCGGACUAAUGACCUUGAAGCUCGGAUUCACGAGGAGAUCGCAAAAAGGAUGGAUUUACAGAAAGAUUUGGACAGCACAAAGGAAGAGCUCUUCGAAAUUCAGAGUGAAGUUGAGGAAAAGAGGAACAAACUAAACCCAAUCCUAGAACUCCAGCGCGAGCUUUCAAACAAACUCCAAUUAUCUACAUUGGCUAAAUCACGCGUUGAAAGCCAGCUAGAGAAGGCAGUGCGUAAUAGAGCUGAGAUGGUUCAGGAAAUAGAGGAGCUAAGACGGCAAAGAGAUGUUUUGCAGCGUAGAAUCGAGUUUUGCAAAGAAAAAGAUGCCAUAGGAAUGGCUAACAGGUUGAAUGACUUGUGCUUUGAUUAUAGGAAGUUCACUGCUGCAGAAAUUAGAGCAGCCACCGAUGAUUUUUCAGAAUGUUUGAGGUUGAAAUCAGCAGCAGAUUGGACAAAUGUGUAUAGAGGACGAGUUAACCGAACAACAGUUGCAAUCAAGCUCUCUAACUCCUAUGCAGCGCUCUCUCAAGAUACUUUCCUGGAAAAGGUGAAGCUUCUCGGCCACAUUCGUCAUCCUCAUAUUCUCAGCAUGAUGGGAUUCUGCACAGAGCCAAAAUGCAUCGUCUUUGAGUACAUGCACAAUGGCUGCUUAAGAGACAUCUUAUUCUCAAGCCACGGGGGAAGAAACCAUGGUUUAAAUUGGCACGCUCGGAUACGUGUUGCAGCUGAAGUUUGCAUGGGACUAAGCUUUCUUCACAAGGCCAAGCCAAAGCCCCUAGUUCAUGGAAACCUCAACCCUUCCAAAAUCCUCCUUGAUAGAAACAAUGUUGCCAGGAUUCAUGGUUUUAAACCUUGUCCGUGCAAUGAUGCAUCUGGCAUGAGAGCAGAUAUUCGAGCUUUCGGUACCUUGCUUUUACAACUUCUUACCGGAAGGAAUUGGGCAAGGGUUGGCGAAGAGGCAAUAAUGGUGGAUAGUGCUUCACUUACUGAGGCCUUGGAUAAAAUGGCUGGACCUUGGCCAUUGGACUUGGCCAUGGAACUCGGUGGAAUAGCAAGCUGCUGCCUUGCCAUAGAUGAAAGCCUAGACAAGGAAUUUAGCAGCAAAUCUCUGAUGAGAAGGAUAGAGAGGGUGAGGGAAAAUGCUGACGAGCUAUUGGCUAAUGGAGAGUGUUUGCUGGCUGCUGAUGGAGAUUCAAGCACAGAAGUGUCAGUAGAAAGUAACGUGCCUAGUGUUUUCUACUGCCCCAUAUAUCAGGAUAUCAUGAAGAAUCCGCAUAUAGCAGCCGAUGGAUUUUCUUAUGAGCUUGAAGCCAUAGAGGAAUGGCUAAGAACAGGUCAUGACACAUCACCAAUGACAAACUUAAGGCUCAAGCACAAGCAACUCACCCCUAAUCAUACUCUUCGUUCACUGAUCCAGGACUGGCACAAUAAAAGAUCCAUUCCUUAUUAAAUCAAAGAGAUGGCAGUAAAGUGUAAUCUUAUAUGUUAUAACAGGAUAUAUGCAGUAAAUCGUUUUUUGUACUUAUGAACUUGUACUAAAUCGAAAGUUUCCCAGGCAUACUGGCACCGUGGUGUGCUUUGAAAGAAUUUAGGGUUUAAGAUUGCCACAAAUGCAACACAAACUCAUUAUUAUA